GCCCAUUAGCGCAUAAAUACCAGUACACCAUGGAGGCUUACAACGUUGAAGCUGGAAAAGAAGCUCAGGCCGAGCUUACUCCCUCUUCCUUCGAGGAGGAGACGCCAAUGAAGCCGCGAGGUCUUUUCGCCAAAAUCAAAUACUACGAAGAAUAUUUGGAUAAGAAGUUGGGUAUCGAAUCUCACAGUCUCGACAGAGUGCUUCCCGAGGCGCGCGACCCUCCCAACUCGCUAGCGAUGGCGUUCAUGUGGGCGUCUGCGACAAUGAAUAUCAGUUGUUUUAGUACCGGAUUCCUGGGGAAGCAAUUCGGUCUAUCUUUAGGGCAGACCAUCCCUACCAUAAUAUGUUCAACAUUAAUAGGUGCCGCUGUGACGGGCUGGUGUGCUACGAUGGGGCCUGAAACGGGUCUUCGCCAGGUCGCCAUUUCUAGAUACUCGCUAGGAUUUUAUCCAUCAUCCAUCAUUGCUCUUUUGAAUGUUAUUGAACAACUAGGAUGGGCAUCGGUCAAUUGCAUCACCGGUGGUCUCGCACUAAGCGCUGUUUCAGAUGGACGUGUCUCGAUCGCUGUAGGAGUGGUCAUUGUCGCAUGCGUCAGCUUUCUUUUCAGCUUCGUCGGGUUGAAAGGUGUCUUGUUGUACGAGCAAUAUGCAUGGAUGGUGUUCUUCGUCAUUUUCAUGAUUAUCUACGGCGAGUCAGCGCAUCGGGCAGAUCUCGCAGCACCCGCAACGGUAUCGGGUAUCACAAAGUCCGGAAAUGUCCUGAGUCUGUUUAGUGUCGUGUACGGCUCUAGUGCCUCGUGGAGCUCGAUCGUUUCGGACUUUUACGUGCACUACCCCGUGAACAUAUCCAAGGUCAAGGUAUUCCUCUACACUACUCUCGGGAUCGCGAUCCCAACCUGUAUUGGAAUGUUGCUCGGAGCGUGCAUCAGCUCAGCCUUGGACACAAACCCAGAAUGGGCCGCCGCGUAUGAUAAGGGAAUCGGCGAGAUCCUACAAGAAAUCAUCUACCCUAGAGGAUUCGCUAAGUUCCUGUUAGUUCUUCUAGUGCUUUCCGGGAUCGGUGUCAACUGCAUCGCCAUCUACUCAGGCGCACUUUCAGCCCAGCUCUUCGCCAAGCCCUGCGCAAAGGUCCCCAGAGCUAUUUGGUCUACUCUUGUCUUCGGCUGCAUCCUUGCCCUCGGCAUCGCCGGCCGAGACCACCUACUAGAUGUGCUAGAGAACUUCCUCUCCCUGCUAGGCUACUGGAACACUUCAUUCUUCAUCAUCCUGUUCAGCGAACACUACUUUUUCCGCGGCGGGAACGUCACGAACUACGAUCUUGACGCUUGGAACACGCCGUCCAAGAUGCCCAUCGGGUUCGCGGGUCUCACUGCUUUUCUAUGCGGCGCGGCGGGGUGGAUCCUCGGCAUGGUCGAAACAUAUUAUGUUGGUGCUAUAGCGAGGUUGAUCGGUAGAGAUGGGGGCGAUAUUGCUAAUGAGCUAGCAUUGGUUUUCUCGGGCGUUUCAUAUAUACCUCUGCGAGUGUUGGAGUUGAAGUAUAUUGGACGGUAG